CGCGUGGCAGCAGAUCCACAACAGCUGAUCGUCGUGUUUCCUUCGGGAUUCGAACCCACGGUUUAAACCCGCAGAUCCAGAUCAGCUGAUCCUCGUCCCUGCAGCGGGACUCUGCUCCCCCGGUGUCCCGGUGCGUCUGAGUCUGUGGGCCGGGUCAUGAGGCUCCGGGGCUGGGUCUCCUCCUCCUGUCACCUCGCUGCAGGUCUCCGCUCCGCCCGGAGGAAGCAGGCGGGGUCUCUGUUUUCCUUCAGCCAGAAACACGUGCGUCUCCUCGGUCACUCUGCUGCCGACACCACCGACAGCACCACCACCAACAGCACCACCACCGACAGCACCACCACCGACACUAACCACAACUUUACCCACAACUCUAACAGCAACAUGGCCGAGGAGGCGAAGAAACUGGCCGCUAACGCCGCAGUAAACAACCACGUCCAGAACAACCAGGUGGUCGGGGUGGGCAGCGGGUCGACCAUCGUCUACGCUGUGGACAGACUGGCGGAGCGAGUGCGUCAGGAGAAACUCAACAUCGUGUGUGUGCCCACGUCCUUCCAGGCUCGUCAGCUGAUCCUGAAGCACGGCCUCACGCUGUCGGACCUGGACAGACACCCAGAGUUGGACGUAGCGAUCGACGGAGCAGAUGAAGUGGACGCAGACCUGACGUUGAUCAAAGGUGGAGGCGGCUGCCUGACUCAGGAGAAGAUCAUCGCCGGCUGUGCUAAACAUUUCGUUGUAAUCGCCGACUACAGGAAAGACUCCGAGGCUUUGGGCCAACAGUGGAAGAAGGGGGUUCCUAUUGAAGUGAUCCCGAUGGCGUACGUCCCCGUCUCCAGGACGAUAGCCAGACGCUUCGGAGGGGAGGCCAACCUGCGGAUGGCCGUCAGCAAAGCAGGUCCUGUGGUCACCGACAACAGCAACUUCAUCCUGGACUGGAAGUUUGAACGCGCUCAGAACUGGAAGGAGGUCAACGCUGCGAUCAAGAUGAUUCCAGGUGUGGUGGAGACGGGCCUCUUCGUGGGCAUGGCUGAACGAGCCUACUUCGGGAUGGAGGACGGAAGCGUGCAGGUUCGUGAUCCUCCCGUCAACUGAGGAGUUUGGAGCCUCCCCCCCCCCCCCCCUCCCGACUGACCUCACUUCUCCCUCAAGUGCCGCGUGUGAUUUGUUUUUUCGAGCUGCCUCCUUCAGAGGAACUGGACAGAACCAAAGCAGGGAAGUUUCCAAUCAUCUCAUCUCACAACCGGACAAAUUCACCAUCACUUGGUUUCUCUCACCGGUUCUUUAUCCGCUGGUGCUUCUGAUUCUGUGAGUGUUAAAGUGCCUGAUGUACGAAUAUACCAGAUGUACUUAAAGUUUUUCUUUUUCCAGUCUUUGCUCAGCUCAGCCUCCUGGUUCCUGGCUCAUCCUGUCAUUAGCAGGUUAGACUGAGCGGCUGCAGUGCUGUGGUUCUCAGCCAGUGUGCUGAGUCACUGCUGCAGAGUAAAGUGUGCCUGGAGAUUCUCAAAGAAAUGACGCCAUUCAAGUUUCAUCUGAGCAGCUCAUAGAAAACCUCCUUCAUCAAAUCACCAAGUUAAAGUUCAGCAGUCCAGUUACUUUAUUCUGUUAAAAAGCUGAUCUGCCCUGAAGUGGCUUUGUUCAAUUAAAGUUCAAUAAUGUGAAGUGUACAACACAGACAAGUUAUUAUUUAUCUAGAAACAGCAAGAGGCUCCAAAAAUGAAAAUUUUUCAUCUCAAUUCAAAAAUGUAGGCUACAACAACACUACGAUGUUUUAGUUUUAAAGCGCAUCACUGUUGCUACGGUUACGCCUCUCGUCCAGACUACUGCGGCGGUUUCGAACCCCUAAAAGGAGAAGUUUAUAAAAGCUGCUGAUCUCGUUUGACUUUGAAAACUCCGGAGUUAAACUAAACGAUUUCUUGACUUCUUCCUGUCACACCAGCUUCCUUCACCAGCUCAGUGUCUAGUCGUCAUGUGACAGUUCACAUGUUUUCUCCUUCUCUGCUGAGCGUUGGUGAAUAAUCGCCUCAGCUGCUAUGGACCAAUGAUUCGGUUUCCUGCUCUGAGCAAAGACAGAGUUUGAGAAAUCGGUGGUUUCCUCUGGGUUUCAACACUAGUGGAGUGAUGAGGAGUAAAGUCCACAGUGUGUGAAUGUGUUUCUGUUGACGCAUGUACGUCCACUGUGUCUCUUCUUCUGUGCCUGUGAUCCACGUGCAUGACUCCUCUCCUAUUCCUCACACAGGCUGUAGUGAUGAUCUGCAGUUGUGCUGUAAAUGUUUCAUGUUUAAUAAUGAGCCGUGUAGAUGAGAUAUGAACCAACACCUGUUAUGUGCCUUGUCAAACAAUAGAUUCCUCUUUGUGUCGUAGUCAAAAACCAAAAACCUCAAACCUCCCUGAGAGCUGCACUGUUCAGUUUUAUAAAAGAUGAUUCAAUAUGUGAAUGAUUCAUAAAAACACAGAAGUUAAUAUGAAUCUCUGAAGCUUUCAUUUGUGUUCAGCUCCACAAAGAAGCAUCUUAGAUCUUAAAAGUGAAUAGUGCUGUUUGCAGAGGGAGCUGAACUCACUGUGCAGCCAGUUCACCUGCUGAACCUUCACUGUCCACACUCACCACACGAUCAGUGACCGUUUGUCCUCUUGGGGAUUUGACCUCUUCACUUUGCUCCCGGCUCACGAUGCCUUUCUCUGGUUUUAUUUUCUUAUGUUUCUGUGUUUGUGUAUGAGCAGCUAUGAGAAGUCUGCAGAACGUUUCUGUCACAUUAGGUCAGAGUUAUCAGGUACGAUGCAUCGGAUUCUGUUCUAUUAUGGGAUGUUACAGCAGUGUGGUUGAAUUCAGAGUGAGCACCAUGAUGGAUAUUUUUGCACCAGCAUUUCUUUUCUUCUUUUCUUUACCAACUCACUGUGAUAAUGAUUUCUGCUGUGAAGGUACAGUUUCCUUUUGCCAAACAAUAAAGACCCAAACUCUAA